UUGAAUAUAGAAGUAGGCAUAUAACUUGAGGGGUAUUGAAAUGAAACCUUCAGGCAUAUUGAACAUAAUACUGUAAUAAUGUAAUAUACUGAUAUAGGUUAUACUGUAAGUUGAUAGGUCAGUACUGCAGUAAGUGCAUUGAUCAGUGUAUACAUCGCAACUCUCGCACUUGAACUGCCAGCGUUCAUUGCUUCAACAAGUCUUUGUGAAUUCAUCGAUAGUUCCAGACGCCAUCAUCCAAACAGUAGAACAUCUCAAGUUCUCAACAAUACUCACUAUACAGUGAUUCAGCUAUACUGGCUAUAGGACUGACCAAAAUGUUUAAAAAAUUGAAACAGAAAGUUGAAGGGAGUGAUUCCCCUGAAAAAGAUAGAUCCUUAUCACCUGCUGGGAUAAGACGACAAAGCAUGCCUGUUCGAGGUCGCUCAAUGUGGAAAAGUACAACAGGAUUAUCAAGAGUCGAUAGUUCUACGUCUUUAUCAGGAUCAGAAGCUGACUUGCCGGCUGAAUCUUCAUCAAAAGAAGAUUUAUUUGCAGCACUUUUGCAAAGAACGACACAAGUGAAACGAUUAGAAAUCAAGUUAGCAGAUUAUGGACAAUCUUUAAAAGAAUGCACAAAAGAGAGAGAUAAAUUGAUAAUAACACUUGAAAAGCAGCAAGACACAGCGAUGCGUAGAAUGACAGAAUUGGAAGAAACGUAUUCAGAUGGGAAAAAGAAAAUGGAGAAAAAUAUUUCUCAUCUUGAAAAAAGGGAAAGUGAUUUAACAGAAACAGUUGAAACUUUAAGUAGGGAAAAUAAAAAACUUCAAUCGUCUAUUGAUGAAUGGAAAAGUGAAAAAGAAGAAUUUGAAAAAAACAGAGAUGAAUUUUUCGCUAAACGAGAUAACAAUGAAGAAUUAAAUGAUCUACAAAUGCAAGAAAUGGCUAAAGUCAAGCAUAUGUUGAUGAACAGUGAAAAAGAAUGUAAACGUCAACAGGAAUCACUCGAUGAAAAAAUUGCUGAAUUAAUGCAAUGUCGGGAGAAUAAUGAUGAAUUAGAAGUUUCUUUGAGAACGACAACAGAAUCUCUCAAUUCUACAAGUCAAGAGUUGAAAAUUCAGAUUGAAAAAAGUAAAAAAUUUGUCUCAAAAGCAGCAUCGCAAGAAGAAAUUAUUUCAAAAUUGAAGAUUGAAUAUUCGGAAUGUAAAGACAAAAUUUCAAACUUGACAACCGAUUUAAAGAAGACUCGUAGCAGCCUUUCUGCCUUGGAAAGUACGCACUCCAGUGUUUGCGAAAAAUACCAAGGUCUAAGGCACAGUAGCGAUGCUAUUAUGAAUAAGGCAACAACUGAAUUAGAUGAAAAGGAGUCUGUCAUCAAUCAUUUGAAGAAAAAAAUUUCAUCUCUAGAACAGAGGAUAACAACAGAUAAUUUGCCUGAAAAUGAACAAGUUCAAGCUUUAAUUUCUGAGAGGACAUCGUUAGAGAAUCGUCUUGAGGAGUCACAUCAACAAUUAAAUAAUAUUAAAUCUACUUGGUCAACAAAAAUUAAUCAACUUGAACAACAGGUUUCACACUUAAAUGCAAAAAUAGCUGAAGACAGUGAGGAAUUACAUUUAAAAGAAGAUAAACUUCAACAGCUUGAAUCUUCAAGUAGAAAGAAGAUUGAAGAACUGAAAUCAGCUUUGAAUAAUUUGCAUGAAGAAAAUGAGAAAAAUAUAAAUCAAAGUGAAGAAUAUUUUCAACAAGUAACUCAACUUGACGCUGACUUGAUUGAACAGACCACAAAGUAUGACCUUGAAAAAGCGAAGCUUGAGCACAACAAUGAAAAACUUAAUAAUAAAUAUAAAAUAUCAGAGACGAAAUUACGGGAACAGAUUGAUAAAUUGCACAAAUGUCAUACGGACUCAGAGAGAAAUGUGAAACGAUUAGAGGAUGAGCUAGCAAAACAACAAGAAAAUGGAAAUAUAUCAGUACAGUCAUAUUCAAAUCAAAUCGAAGAAUUAGAAAAUGAAAUACAAACGAAACUGGUAGAAAUUUCAAACAGAGAUCGAAUCAGUGAAGAGAUGGCUCGUGCUCUUGAGGAUACUAGACUAUCACGAGAUGAAACAAGAGAAAAAUUCAAUAAACUGGAAACAAGUUAUAAAAAAAUUGAAACAAAGUUAUGCGAAACCGAAGAAAAACUUAACACGAUAAGUAGAGAGUCUUCUGAUUUCAAGGACAAAUUCUCUUCGACGCAAACAGAAUUUGAAGCAACAUUACGAAAAUUAGAAGAAUCAAUAACGGAAAUCAAUUUAUUGAAACAGGAAUUAGCGACAAAGAACGAAGAAUUGUUAAAUUAUGAAAGUUUAAAUGGAGAAAAUAAUUCUAACAUAAAGCAAUUAACUGAAAAAGUUAAUCAUAUGACGACUUCAUUGCAACUCAGAGAAGAAGAGUUAAUGGAUUGUAAACAACAAAUUGCAGGUUUAAGGAACAAUCAUGCUGAAGAAACUGAAGAAGUUUCAACAUUGAGAUCAGAACGGAAUAAGUUUGAAGAAAAGGUCGCAGAAAAAGAACGGUUUAUUAAGCUGCAACAGCAAAGAUUGAAUGAUUUGAAAAAAGCAUUAAAUAAGGAAUUAAAUAAAAGGUCGGCUAGUGCAACAAAUGGUACGUCCACUUCUUCUGCAGUUAUAAAGAAGGAAUCUCAAGUAAAUGGUAUUGGCGAACCUACUCCUUUUGUUAACGGAGAAGACACUGUGCCAGAUUUAACUGCUUUAGGUACAACAGCAAUUGAUGAUCCAAGUUUAAGUCUUGAGCAACGAGAAAUAACCGUGAAAUAUUUAAAACAUGUUAUUUUGACAUUUUUAUCAUGUAGUCAAUCCGAGGCUCAGCAACUUAUCAAAGCGAUGUCUAUGUUGCUAAGUUUCAAUAAAGAUGAAGAAAAAUUUGUACGGGAUAUAUUUGAAUACAGGACAUCAUGGUUCGGUUCGAAACCUUCCACGAAGAAAGUUGUUAAAUCAUCAAUAAAAUCAGGAAGAAGAUGAUGUAUGAUCAGAAAUGUAAAAAUGCAGCACAUGCUGUUUUCGGUCCAUCUCAUCCUGUCAUUUGGAGACAUAUACCGGUACUUGUUGUUUAGGUCAGGAUGCGAGUCAUAGAUGAUUCCACUACAAGAAACCCAACAUAUUUGCAUACUACGCAUUUCCUCACAGUUAUACAACACUAAUGCAAUUUCAUUUUCCAAUUUAAUUACUUGUUCUUAAGUUUUAUCGCCAGUCACUAUUUCAGGGUUUGAAAGAAUACGGCAGUAUCAUGCAUAUGAUAUAUUUUGGUGCUAUUCCAUACCAUUAGAUUUUAUUAUUAUUUAAACAUUUUGGUGGAUAUUCGAGUUGUUUCAUUUGCAUGGAAAAUUAGUUUUUCAGUUCCUCUGUCAUUUGUUACUACUUGUUUGUUUGAUGUAGAAUCUCUAUUUAAUUGACUGCUGUGGCAUAAUAUACUUGACAAUUAGAAUAUCCUAACCGACAGAUUGGUGGGAUAAAUCUAGUUGUCAUUUACUGAUGUCCAAGGUGCUCUGUAUAUUGAAAAAAUAUGAGACUUGAUUAACUCUGACCUGGUUGUAUUUAUAUCAAUUUUAGUAUGAUGUGAUGAACAUAAUAUAAAAUGGAUUGCUCGGGAUUUAUCAACAAAAUUACCGAAUUUCAGUAGUCUGCUUACUUUUGGUUAUCAUGCUGGUCUUGUUUUUAUGUUUUGCAUUGGGUUAUCUUGUUAUAUAUCCUAGGUCAGUUAGGCAAGUGCAAUUGUUUUCCUAACAUACUAAUUUCAUUUAUAUUAUAUUUAUGCCAUUCAGUAUUGUCUUAGUGUGAUUUUGCUAUGAGUGCAAUAUCUUUAUUAACAGCUCUACUAAUGAGAUGAAACUGAAAUCUGUGAUAUUUUGUCGCCAGAAUGCUCAUAUUUAUUGCCCACUCGCAUUUCACACUACACUACACACUACACUCUAUGAAACUCUUUGAUUGGAUGAUUCGAAGCAGAACUGAAUUUUGAUUAUUAGAAAAAUUUGAAGACAAUUUUUUUUUUAGUGACUUCCACACUAGAACUUCAGUUAUGCAUGAUCGAUUCAGUCCUUGGAAAACCCUGAUUGAAUAUUUUUGCAGGCAGAAGCUUCACACACCAUAUGAGUCAUGGAGGUCCUGUUGUACAGUUUUCAUACCAUUCGAAACAUAUGAUUUGUUUUGAGACAACAAAAAGUUAUGCACAUUAUUUCCUUAGAUUGGAAUCAAAAGCCUUGCAUUUUCUUCCAUCAGUGCAUUUUUGAUAUUUGGUUAUCUGUUCUGCAUAUUUAGAAUCAACGAUAGCUUUGUUUAUGGUACUUUUAGUUUAACAAAUUCUUCGAAAGUUCAUACAUGGGAACUGAUUGAGAAAAUUGAUACCCAUUACAGCAAGCAUCUUGCAUCUCCCAGGAUGGAAAUGGUUUGUAGUGGCAGGGUACUGCAUCUUUUAGAGUUUUAUUUUAAUCGUUUCAAUCUUUUCUUGUCUGACGGAAAUAAGUGCUAUUAAUUCUGUUCUUUGAUUGGCCAGAUUGCCGUCUAGUGGCUUUAUGUAAUAUCCUGUUCUAUGUUGACAAACUAUACCUUUUAGCUAAUAUAUUUUUGUCAGAAUAUUA